CCAAACCGGCUUGGAUGCUCCUGAGCUCGCAUAGCUCCCUCUGCAACGUACGGAUUUGAAGACGCACGCUGCAAAAGGUAAUUUCUCCCCAGCUUGCCAAAUUACCUGAAACAUUUGACAGCUGAGCUUCCAUGGAGUUGUAGCUAGCCGUUGCAUUCCACGACUGCGCCAAGGUGGAUGAAAAGUUGAAAACGAGUCAUUGGUUUCCCACAUGACCUCAUGUGCACCCCUUUCUUCCUGGUAGCUGUUUCUGAGGGAAAAGACGCAACAAGAUCGGUAGAUGAUCUGAAGUAGGAGUAGCAAACUCCGGUAAGUGAUGCAACCUCCGCGUCCGCGCGAAUUGUUGGGUACAUACAUGCAGAUGGUUGCUGCGACCUGGAGGUUGGCGGCGCGGUGGCGCGGCUGGGGAACGUGCGGCAGUUCGGGCUGCGGGAGCUGCAGGCGGCGACGGACGGGUUCAGCGACAAGAACAUCCUGGGGACGUGACGGCGAGGGCAGCGCGCGAUCUAAUGGACAAUACGGCUACUUACGGCUUACGGCCCAGCACAGUGAAGCCCACUGAGCGAGGCUUCAUGAUUGAUCUGCCCUGUCGGUGACCCAUUGGUGGUUAGGGAUGAGCCGGCGGCAUGGCUGGCGAGGGCUCAUCUCGGCGGCGGCGGUGGCGCGGUUACUGGAGCCCCUCCUGCAACCUCUGGCUUGGCCGCGGUGGUCGACGUAUGGUAGAUUGGCGGCGUCGUUCGGGGAAAAGCGACUGCAGCGUGAGGUGGCCUUGAUCUGGUCGUCCAUGCCACAUGUGUACCAGCCUCGAAGCAUCGGUUAUAAGGAUAAACUAUGGGCAGUGAUUGCAAAUUGUUUACUACAUCAGCUGGCGGUGUCGUUCGGGGCAAGGUAAGCAAGCCAACUCCCCUGCUAAGUGAAUCCGCCGUUACAGUAGGAUGCCUUCAACGCAAUGUCGACCCGUACGUAAUCAACAACACCGAAUUAAGCUGAUACACUCUCAGUACAACUCGCCCUCAAGUGUCUCGCAUCCCAGCUUCAGCUCUUUGACUGGCUGGCCUCCAUCAGGCCAUCUUUGCCAACAACUUGUGUAUUAUCCAAUAGUAGCUUCCCAUGGUGAAUCUUUAGUUGGCAGUAUUAGUUAUGGACCAGCAAGGAUUCAAAGUUUUGUACUUGUUUAUAGUACUGAAGAUCCCUUUGCCGUGCUUGACUCUCUCAAGUACGGUUUAACACCAACUCAGAUUGUUUACUUGAUUGGUCCAUUGUCGAAAAUGAAACAUCUUAGUUUGAGGGGUGCAGAGAUGCUAUGUAAACUGAACGACAAUCGCUUGCACCAAGGAAGAUGCCGUGUUUGACUCGGAUGCCCUUCAAAUAUCUAUUUCUUUACCACCAACUUAACAGUAGGUAUAGUUUAAAAUAAAUAAAAUAACUCAAUUGUUGGGUUAGUUGGUAGGAGAAACCAGCCAGAGCAAGCGAAACUACGUUUAGAUAAUCCACGGAGCUAAACUGAAGAUACACUAGAACACCGUGUAUGCAAAAGCCAAAACUCUAAAGGGAUUGCACAGUUUCUCAUAAGCACACCAGGAUUGCAAGCAAGAGCUUCAAUAGCAGGUACGUGUAUACAUACAUAAACACCCAUAGCUGGCCUAAAAUUCCAUGUUCAAUAUAUCUUCUGCAUCAGUAACAGACAAGAUGCAACAGCUUAGUCAGGAAACACGCAAGCUUCAUGUACAAGCCCAAAUUAGUUAACCGGAUGAGCAGCUCAAGCCGGUCUUGGUUGCUAUUCAUCGUGUUGCCUAUAUGUGACCUUUUUUUUUGCAAAACAGGAUAAACUCGCGUACCAUUAUCAGUUAAAGGAACGAUGUUAACCAUAACAGUUUUUGUUUUUCCACACAAAAGACAGUUCAAAACACAGAACGCUUUCAUCAACAGGGAAACAAACAGCAACAGCAGAACAAGACCAAUAGGGUGAUUCCUCUUUCUAUGCAAUCGAGGUACCUAGAUAGGAUCCCCAGCCCCUCUAGAUCUUUGUUGGAUGGGAGAUCAAUAUGGAAAGAGCGGAACUCAAGAGUUCUGAGGCUGGUUCUUCAGCCAUCUUGUACGUAACUGUUCUGCUUUAUUAAUUCAAUCAGGCAAAGCUUUUGCCAUUUUGGAAAAUUAAAGGAGUACAUCCAUCCCAACCACAACUUUUGAACCUAAAAUUAAGCCAUUUGCAUCACAUAAUUAUACCCCCAAAAUUGGACUCGAUCUGCUGCUUAGCCAUAUCCAGUUCAAUCUCACAGUGCACCUAUUUUUCUCUCAAUCUGUUGCUCAGCCAUAUCCAUUUCAGUCUCACAGUGCACCUAUUGUUUUAGCAACAUCCAUAUGAAACAUGGCAUUCUAGUGUAAGCUGGCCAGAGUUUCUCAUCUGCACUGGUCCAUCCUGUUAUUUUCGGUCUGUAAUGUGCUUAACUUAGUUGGAUCUCUGACCUGUAUUCUUUGGAGAACAACAGGACAGCUCACUGCAGUUCACCACUCACCAAGCAGACAAGCCUGAACGUUUGUUGGGGUUCAAAGUGAAAAGGAAGACGCCAUGGUAGAAAAUCAAAUCUAAAGUCAUUAUCAAGCAUGUUGUACUCAAACUUUCUCCUUGAAAGUAGCUACUAUAUGAUUGAUGUAUUUCCUUAAGGAAGCACUCUAUGAUUAAUGUAUUGUGGAUUCUUCUAGCUGGCAUGACAAGUACAGUGAAGAUACUCUUAGUGAAAAAGGACUUGAGUCUAUGAACUUCCUAAUUCAUCAGUCAAGGUCCAGCAGCUGGCAGAUUAUGCUGUAAAUAAACUCCGAACACACAUUGGUUACCUCCUGUGCAACCUGGCUACGCCAAAUACAUAGCAAAUGGCGGAGGUAGUGAUUCUUUCAGUUGUGAUAAAGAUUGGCGUCGCUCUAGGGAAGGAAGCAGUAAAACAGGCUAGCCUGCAGUUCCAACAGUUUAAUACACAGUUAACAGAGCUUCAGGGCCGGAUGGGUCGCAUCAGAAUGGAGCUCAGGUUAAUGCAUGGAUUUCUUUGUGGAGUGGACAUACGAAAUAGGAGGAAUCAGACUUAUGAAAUAUGGGUUCAAGAGUUGAGAAUGCUUGCCCAUGAGAUCGAGGACAUUAUGGAUGAGUAUUUGUAUUUUGUUGGCCAUAAACAUGGUACUGGAUGGGGUACCUAUUUGAAGAAAGGAUGCAAGCAACCGAACGUGUUGAUUUCCUUGAACAAGAUAGCUUCAAUGGUUAUGGAAGCAGAGACUAAUCUUGGGCACCUAUUCCUGGUGAAAAGUCGGUGGGUUUCAGUUGUUGAUGGUGGGAAUUCCAGUAACUCAAGUGACAUUGUUGAGAGGUCCCAACAUCUCGCAAGCUCUUCACGUUCCCUUGGUGAAGAAGAUCUUGUGGGAGUGGAUGAAGACAGAGAACAACUUGAGACAUGGCUGCGAGGUAUGCAUUUGGAUUGCUCUGUCGUGAUAGUGUUGCAUGGAAUGGGAGGGCUGGGUAAAACAGCUUUGGCAGCAAAUGUCUAUAUGAAGGAGAGAGAAAAGUUUGAUUGCCAUGCCUGGGUCUUUGUCUCUCAAACUUACUCCACAAAAGAUGUUCUUAAACGUCUAAUAACUGAACUAUACAAAGAGAGCGAAGAUACACCAGGUGAUAUCACCAACCUGGAGAUUGAUGGCCUUCAAAAUAUACUGAUAACCUUCAUUGCGGACAAGAAGUACCUGAUCAUAUUGGAUGAUGUUUGGACUCCAAAAGCAUUUGAUGAAUUUUCUAGGCUUAUUCGUAAUGGAAAGAACAGUAGACUGAUUAUCACAACACGGGAAGGUGAUGUCGCUGCACGUGCCACUCCAGAUCGUAUGUUAACACUAAAAGAUUUACCAGAAGACAAGGCAUGGGAUCUCUUCUGCAAGACAACCUUUGCAAACUAUGCUGAUCAUGAAUGUCCUAAAGACCUGAAACCUUUGUCUGAGGAAAUAGUUCUCCGCUGCAAAGGCCUGCCUCUUGCUAUUGUGUCAGUUGGUAGCCUCCUUCGUGUGCGUGAGAAAACUGUGGAAGAAUGGAGAAGAAUAAAUGACCAGUUGGGCUGGGAGCUAAUAAAUAAUCCUAUGCUCGGCGAUGUGAGGAAUGUUUUGCAUCUGAGCUACAUCUACCUUCCAACACAAUUGAAAAGUUGUUUCCUGUAUUGCAGCUUAUUUUCUGAAGGCUAUCUUUUUGGAAGAAACAUGCUUGCACGGUUAUGGACAGCAGAGGGAUUCAUCGAGGAGAGGGGUGCAAGCACAUUUGAACAAGUGGCUGAAGGAUACAUGAAAGAGUUGGUCCAGAGAAACAUGCUACAACUUGUUCAAAGGAACUCAUUUGGUAGGAUGAAGAUGUUCAGAAUGCACGAUAUCCUACGAGAAUUGGCAAUUGAUUUGUGUCGGAAUGAUCUUUUUGGUGUUACAUAUGACGAAGACAAAUGUGCAGGAUCUCUUGAUAAGGAUGGGCGUCGAUUGGUAGUACAGAAACUAAAGAAGGACAUUGAACGAUCAAUUUCAAGUGUACACCAGCUUCGAUCCAUCACUGUAUUAGACAAGAGUAUGCCGUCACUCACUCUACUACAUUUGCUGUGUGAGAUGUCAACAUAUAUGACUGUGCUAGAAUUAAGUGGUCUACCUAUCGUGAAUAUUCCAUAUGCUAUUGGGAAUCUUUUCAAUCUUCGUCAUUUAGGUCUGCGUAGAUCAAAAGUUAAGAUGCUCCCGAAGUCUGUUGAGAAGCUUUCAAAUUUGUUGACACUCGACCUUAGUAGAUCUGACAUAGACGAGCUACCUGGUGGGAUUGUUAAACUGAAGAAGCUUAGACACUUGUUCGCUCAAAAAGUUAAAUAUCUAAAUGGCAGAUUUCUCUUGUCGUCAAGUGGUGUAAGAAUCCGCAGCGGUCUUGGUAAUCUAACAAACCUGCAGACACUACAAUCGUUGGAAGCACAGGAUGAGUCUGUUAGAAAAUUGAGGGAGCUAAGGCAACUGAGAAGCCUAAGGUUAUUCAAUCUGAAGAGAGUCUACCAUGAACCCCUCUGCGAGUCUCUAGUGGAAAUGCAUUUUUUGUCCAAGCUACAUGUUAUUGCAAGUGAUGAGAAUGAGGUUCUUUUGUUAAAUGCCCUUCCGCCAAACCUACAAAAGCUAAAUUUGACAGGAAAAUUAGACAUAGACUCUUUCCAAGCUGUAGGUCGGAACUUAUAUUCCUUGCGUCUAAAUCUAUCACAGCUGAUAGAAGACCCCCUGCCAUCCAUUUCUCUGUUGUCAAAUUUGACAGAGCUAUUUCUUGAUGGAGCAUACAACGGAGAGAAGCUGGUAUUUCUCUCGGAGUGGUUUCCCAACCUGAAGACUCUUCAGUUAAGGGACCUUCAUAAUCUUAAGCAGCUAGAUAUACAGGAAGGUGCUAUGGUGACUUUAGAAAAAUUAUCGCUAGUCAACCUUGACAGCAUCACAGAAAUCCCACCUGGUAUUAAGUUCCUCGUGACCCUCCGGUAUCUAGGCUUUCACGAAAUCACACAGGGCUUUUUGACGUUGUUGCGUGAAUGUGUUCGAAAUGGUGGUAUGCGCCAGUUCUGGUAUACUCCGCGAGCUUGACUGCUCCUUGCUAGUCCAUAAAUGGGUAUGUUGGCAGAAGGAAGGAUGGAAGUGAAAUGUCUUCAUCUGAUGUUUCAAGACUCCUGCCUUUAGCUCCUCUUGACAAACAUUGGACUAUUGCAUCUCUUGUUCCAUACCGUGCUUCGUUUUCAUUCUUUGUGUUCACAGAAAUAACAAUUACGGGCUACUGUAGGUGUGCUUGUGAAAUGUGUUUAUCUGUUUCUUUUAAUAACAUUGCACCUAUUGUAAGGCUAGAUAUGUGUAUUGCUCGCUGUCUUUUAAUUAUUAGUGUCAGGAUUUGGAAGUGGAAAGGUUCGUCCCGAAGAAGGUUUUCCUGCUACUUCCAAAUAUUUAGAGUUCGUUUCAUAGACUACAAGUUGCAAUUUGACUCUAUAAGUCCACCCCUUGUUGAUCAAUCUGUAUACUAUGGUUUUUUUCUUUGCCAA